AUGGACACACAAGCAGGAAUAUCUCAGAAGGACAUCUAAUGUUAUCCCCGGAUUGUGACAUAAAAGAUAAUGACAGUAGACAGGAUUCUCCAGGAGAUAACCCCAUUACCCCAAUUAUACAUCCAGCUCUAUCAGCUGAUCCCCCUGAUCCUGGGAAAUGUUCUCCUGAUCACUCUGAUAUUGGUGCAUCUGUUACAGCUCUGAGAGUAGAUACAGAGUUUCCCUGUUCUGUAGAUGCCAAAUGUUUUACACAGAACACAAAGCUUAUUACCCAUCAGCCAGCUAAGGCAGGUGAGAGGCCAUUUUCAUGUUCUGAGUGUGGGAAAUGUUUUACAUACAAAUCACAUCUUGUUAUACAUCAGAGAAGUCACACUGGUGAGAUGCCACUGACAUGUUCUGAGUGUGGGAAAUGUUUUGCACGGAAAUCGCAUCUUGUUAUACAUCAGAGAAGUCACACAGGUGAGAAGCCAUUUUCUUGCUCUGAGUGUGGGAAAUGUUUUUCCCAGAAAUCAAAUCUUGUUCAACAUCAGAGAAGUCACACAGGUGAGAAGCCGUUUUCUUGCUCUGAGUGUGGGAAAUGUUUUUCCCAGAAAUCAAAUCUUGUUCAACAUCAGAGAAGUCACACAGGUGAGAAGCCAUUUUCUUGCUCUGAGUGUGGGAAACAUUGUUUAAAUAAAUCACAUCUUGUUAUACAUCACAGAAGUCAUACAGGUGAGAAGCCAUUUUCUUGUUCUGAGUGUGGAAAAUGUUUUUCCCAGAAAUCACCACUUGCUAGACAUCAGAGAAGUCACACAGGUGAGAAGCCAUUUUCUUGCUCUGAGUGUGGGAAAAGUUUUACACUGAAAUUACAUCUUGUUAGACAUCAGAGAACUCACACAGAUGAGAAUAUAUUUCCAUGUUCUGAGUGUGGGAAAUGUUCUGCACACAAUUCAGAUCUUAGAAACCAUGAGAGAAGUCACACAGGUGAGAAGCCAUUUUCUUGCUCUCAGUGCGGGAAAUGUUUUACACAGAAAUCACAACUUGUUACAUAUCAGAGAAGUCACAGAUGGACUGUUACCAGCAAUACCAAGAAACCCCAAGCAGUGCUUAGAUGUCAGAGGGGAGACAGGGAUUCUGCAGGUUUCAUGGUGGAGGCCAUGAAGGACAUUGGCCUGCUACUUCCAUGGCUGUCUCGGCACGCAGAGGACUCAGGAUACGACAAUGGACUGCGGAUGCAGUAUCCAAGAAAAGUGUGGAGAACCUGCCAUUCAAGGUCAGGCACUGUUUGGGGACGCAUUGGAUUUGUGGAUUUCCACGGCGACUGCGGAAAAGUUACAUUUCCAUUAUGUAUUUUAUUUCCAGCAGAUGGACACACAAGCAGGAAUAUCUCAGAAGGACAUCUAAUGUUAUCCCCGGAUUGCGAAAUAAAAGAUAAUGACAGUAGACAGGAUUCUCCAGGAGCUAACCCCAUUACCCCAAUUAUACAUCUAGCUCUAUCAGCUGGUCCCCCUGAUCCUAGGAAAUGUUCUCCUGAUCACUCUGAUAUUGGUGCAUCUGUUACAGCUCUGAGAGUAGAUACAGAGUUUUCAUGUGCUAUAGAUACCAAAUGUUUUACACAGAACACAAAGCCUAUUAACCCACAGGCAGGUGAGAGGCCAUUUCUAUGUUCUGAGUGUGGGAAAUGUUUUGCAUACAAAUCAUAUCUUGUUAGACAUCAGAGAAGUCACACAGCUGAGAGGCCAUUUCCAUGUUCUGAGUGUGGGAAAUGUUUUGCAUACAAAUCACAUCUUGUUAAACAUCAGCAAAGUCACACAGGUGAGAAGCCAUUUCCAUGUUCUGAGUGUGGGAAAUGUUUUGCACACAAAUCAGAUCUUGUUAUACAUCAAAGAAGUCACACAGGUGAGAGGCCAUUUUCUUGCUCUGAGUGUGGAAAAUGUUUUAUCCAGAAAUUACAUCUUGUUAUACAUCAAAGAAGUCACACAGGUGAGAAGCCAUUUCCAUGUUCUGAGUGUGGGAAAUGUUUUGCCCACAAAACAGAUCUCGUUAGACAUAACAGACAUCACACGGGUGAGAAGCCAUUUUCUUGCUCGGAGUGUGGGAAAUGUUUCGCACUCAAAGCAGAUCUAGUUUUACAUCAGAGACGUCACACAGGGGAGAAGCCAUUUCCAUGUUCUAAGUGUGGGAAAUGUUUCGCACACAGAUCAGAUCUUAUUAAACAUCAGAGACGUCACACAGGCGAGAAGCCAUUUCCAUGUUCUGAGUGUGGGAAAUGUUUCGCACACAGAUCAGAUCUUAUUAAACAUCAGAGAUGUCACACAGGUGAGAAGCCAUUUCCAUGUUCUGAGUGUGGGAAAUGUUUUGCACGCAAAUCAUAUCUUGUUAUACAUCAGAGACGUCACACAGGUGAGAAGCCAUUUCCAUGUCCUGAGUGUGGGAAAUGUUUUGUACACAAAUCAGAUCUUGUUAUGCAUCAGAGAAGUCACACAGGUGAGAAGCCAUUUCCAUGUUCUGAGUGUGGGAAAUGUUUUGCACACAAAUCAUAUCUUGUUAUACAUCAGAGACGUCACACAGGUGAGAAGCCAUUUCCAUGUCCUGAGUGUGGGAAAUGUUUUGUACAUAAAUCAGAUCUUGUUAUACAUCAACGAAGUCACACAGGUGAGAAGCCAUUUCCAUGUACUGAGUGUGGGAAAUGUUUUGCACACAAAUCAGAUCUUGUUAAACAUCAGAGACGUCACACAGGUGAGAAGCCAUUUUCUUACUCUGAGUGUGGGAAAUGUUGUUUAACCACUUAACUGACCAUUUAUUUAGCAAAAAAACGCUCCGAAAUUGUUUUUUUUUUUUAAUGAGUGAAUUAGGUGAAGAACAUGAA